CCCAGGGUGGAUGCCAACGUCAUGACGUGUAGGUCCUUCGGAAGCUUCCCGGGCUUGGGCGGGUCACAUGACCUACUUUUUUCGCGCGAAAACCUGGUGUGACGGUGAGGCAGAUCGAGCACAGCUAUGGCGGAAUCCUCGGAGUCCUUUUCUGCAGCAUCUAGCCCUGGCCCACGGAGAAGAGCCAAUGAUCUGCUCAAUUCCAGCCCGGGUCGCAGCUCCCGUCGAGCAGAUGCCCUCACUUCCAGCCCUGGCCGGGACCUUCCUCCCUUUGAGGAUGAGUCUGAGGGGCUGCUGGGCACAGACGGGCCAGUGGAGGAAGAAGAGGAUGGCGAGGAACUCAUUGGUGAUGACAUGGAAAGAGACUACCGACCCAUCCCAGAGCUGGAUGUGUACGAGGCUGAGGGAUUGGCUUUGGAUGAUGAGGAUGUGGAAGAACUGACGGCCAGUCAGAGGGAGGCUGCGGAGAGGGUCAUGAGGCAGCGGGACCGCGAGGCUGGCCGUAGCCUGGGCCGCAUGCGCCGUGGGCUGCUCUAUGACAGCGAUGAGGAGGAUGAGGACCGUCCUGCCCGGAAGCGCCGCCAGGUGGAACGCGCCACAGAGGAUGGCGAGGAGGACGAAGAGAUGAUCGAGAGCAUUGAGAACCUGGAGGACCUUAAGGGCCACACAGUGCGAGAGUGGGUGAGCAUGGCAGGGCCGAGGCUGGAGAUCCACCACCGCUUCAAGAAUUUCCUGCGCACACACGUGGACGGCCAUGGCCACAACGUCUUCAAGGAGCGCAUCAGUGACAUGUGCAAAGAGAACCGAGAGAGCCUGGUGGUGAACUAUGAGGACCUGGCAGCCCGUGAGCACGUGUUGGCCUACUUCCUGCCUGAAGCGCCCGCAGAGCUGCUUCAGAUCUUUGAUGAGGCCGCCCUGGAAGUGGUGCUGGCUAUGUACCCCAAGUACGACCGCAUCACCAGCCACAUCCAUGUGCGAAUCUCCCACCUGCCUCUGGUGGAAGAGCUGCGUUCACUGAGGCAGCUGCACCUGAACCAGCUGAUCCGUACCAGUGGUGUGGUGACAAGCUGCACAGGCGUCCUGCCCCAGCUCAGCAUGGUCAAGUACAAUUGUAACAAGUGUAACUUUGUGCUGGGGCCUUUCUGCCAGUCCCAGAACCAGGAGGUGAAGCCUGGGUCAUGCCCCGAGUGCCAGUCAGCAGGACCCUUUGAGGUCAACAUGGAGGAGACCAUCUAUCAGAACUAUCAACGCAUCCGCAUCCAGGAGAGUCCAGGCAAGGUGGCUGCCGGCCGGCUGCCCCGCUCUAAGGAUGCCAUUCUCCUCGCUGAUCUGGUUGACAGCUGCAAGCCAGGAGAUGAAAUAGAGCUGACAGGCAUCUACCACAACAACUAUGAUGGCUCACUCAACACUGCCAAUGGCUUUCCUGUUUUUGCCACUGUCAUCCUAGCCAACCAUGUGGCCAAGAAGGACAACAAGGUGGCCGUCGGGGAGCUAACUGAUGAGGACGUGAAGAUGAUCACCAGCCUAUCCAAGGACCAGCAGAUUGGGGAGAAGAUCUUUGCCAGCAUUGCGCCUUCCAUUUAUGGGCAUGAAGACAUCAAGAGAGGCCUGGCUCUGGCCCUAUUUGGAGGGGAGCCCAAGAACCCAGGCGGAAAGCACAGGGUACGAGGUGACAUCAACGUACUCCUGUGUGGGGAUCCUGGCACAGCCAAGUCUCAGUUCCUCAAAUACAUUGAGAAGGUGUCCAGCCGGGCCAUCUUCACCACUGGCCAGGGUGCAUCAGCCGUGGGCCUCACUGCCUAUGUCCAGCGACAUCCAGUCAGCAGGGAGUGGACCUUAGAGGCUGGAGCCCUGGUUCUGGCUGACCGGGGUGUGUGUCUCAUCGAUGAGUUUGACAAGAUGAAUGACCAGGACAGGACCAGCAUCCACGAGGCCAUGGAACAGCAGAGUAUUUCCAUCUCUAAGGCUGGCAUCGUCACUUCGCUGCAAGCCCGUUGCACUGUCAUUGCUGCCGCCAACCCCAUAGGGGGCCGCUAUGAUCCCUCGCUGACCUUCUCAGAGAAUGUAGACCUCACUGAGCCCAUCAUUUCUCGCUUUGAUGUCCUGUGUGUGGUGAGGGAUACUGUGGACCCAGUUCAGGAUGAGAUGCUGGCCCGCUUUGUGGUUGGCAGCCAUGUCAGACACCACCCCAGCAAUAAGAAGGAUGAGGGGCUGGCCAGCAGCAGUGACCCAGAGCCUGCCAUGCCCAACACAUAUGGUGUGGAACCCCUGCCACAGGAGGUCCUAAAGAAGUACAUCAUCUAUGCGAAGGAGAGGGUCCAUCCAAAGCUCAACCAGAUGGACCAGGACAAGGUGGCCAGGAUGUACAGUGACCUGAGGAAGGAGUCCAUGGCCACAGGCAGCAUACCCAUUACUGUGCGCCACAUCGAGUCCAUGAUCCGCAUGGCAGAGGCCCACGCACGCAUGCACCUACGAGACUACGUGAUUGAAGAUGAUGUCAACAUGGCCAUCCGUGUGAUGCUGGAGAGUUUCAUCGACACACAGAAGUUCAGCGUCAUGCGCAGUAUGCGCAAGACCUUCGCCCGAUACCUCUCCUUCAGGCGAGAUAAUAACGAGUUGCUACUGUUCAUACUGAAGCAGUUAGUGGCUGAGCAGGUGACAUAUCAACGUAACCGCUUUGGGGCCCAGCAGGACACCAUCGAAGUGCCGGAGAAGGAUUUGGUGGACAAGGCACGGCAGAUCAACAUCCACAACCUCUCUGCCUUCUACGACAGCGAGCUCUUCAGGAUGAACAAGUUCAGCCACGACCUGAAGCGCAAGAUGAUCCUGCAGCAGUUCUGAGGCCACUUUGGGACCCCUGUGCCUGAGACUCGGUCCCCACUGGUCAUUGCUCUGCAGACACAAAGCCUACCCCCUUCCCCAGUAGGCUCAGCUCUCCAUGGGGUUGGUGGUCACAGCUGGAUGCCAGCAUUCACUUAUGGUGCCCUGGACCCAGGCUGUGACAAAUGGUGGUAUUUAUUUCUUUGCCUCACUUUCCACUCACCUGAUGGACUUUUGACCUCAGCCUCUGUUGGCAGGUUAGCACAUUCCUCACAGUGAUGCUCAGGAAGCCCCAGGUGUGUUCAGAUGCUACCAAACUGUUGCUGUUUGGGCAUGAGUUUCUCCAGCCUGUGCCCUUUGUGAGGCACUGUGGUCUCCUCUGCCAUGUGUGAACCCAUUUCCUAUCACCUAACCGGUGCCUACAUUUGCUUUUUGUACAGUUUUUCUCUGUAGUUUAAUUUUUAGUAAAGUUGAAUAAAACCUAUACAUUGGUA